GACAUGACUUGCUCGGCUUUAAAUUGCAGGAUCUGCUCUUUUCUCUCUGCCUGCAACAGCCUAAUUGGAACAAACAUUGACAAAAAGUCAAGUCUUGGGUGCCGGCUCCAAAUCAUAAAAUUACACAAUAUGGAAAACUUUAGCGAGAUCAUCCCAUUUGCUAAGGAGAUGCUGAACCAGAAGCCCACCCGCGGCAUGCUGAAGAUCUACAUGCUCGGCUCCGGCCUGGCAGUGCUCGGGGCGGUCGGUGGACUGGUGGAAAGCAUUUUCCUGCCCUCCAUGGGGUACAUUGAGGAUGAAGCAGCAGAGAUCAUUGUGGAGAAGAUGGAAGUGGAGAAGAUGAAGCAGGUACUGGAGUCCAGCUCCACCCUGGUUCAAACUGAAGACGUGGAUGUGCAAGAGGCAGCAGUGAAUGAAGAAAAGGCCAAGCAACUGAUGACUGCUGGUCGACGAAGCUCAUCUUACCGCUUACACGCUUCUUAAAGAAACUCUACGCUGCUGAAUAUGAACGGACAUAGCUGUUACAACUUUGAUGGUUCUGGUGGUAAAUUAAAUCACCAUGUUGAACUGG